AUGGAUCACGAUCAGAUCAGACAGAACCAAACCGCCGGCGCCGAGUACAAGGACAGCAAGUCCGAGGGCGCCGCCGUGGCCCCCCAGUUCUCCCGCGAUGCCGUCUUCCCCGGCGAGGUCGUCGGCGAGGUCACCGACCUGAACCGCCAGGACCUCGAGAAGCAAAAGGCCGCCCAGGGCAGCGCCCACUUCCACCGCCUCGGCUGGAAGCGCCUCACCGUCGUCCUCAUCGUCGAGGCCAUCGCCCUCGGCAGCCUGAGUCUCCCGGCCGCCUUCGCCACCCUCGGCAUGGUCGCCGGCGUCAUCCUCUGCAUCGGCCUCGGCAUGGUCGCCAUCUACACCAGCAACGUCGUCGGCCAGGUCAAGAUCAAGUUCCCCCACGUCUCCCACUACGCCGACGCCGGCCGCCUCAUGUUCGGCCGCCUCGGCUACGAGAUCAUCGGCGUCAUGUUCGCCCUGCAGUUGACCUUCCUCGUCAGCUCCCACGUCCUCACCGGCGCCAUCGCCCUCGGCAACAUCACGAACGACGGCGCCUGCUCCAUCGUCUUCGCCGUCGUCUCCGCCAUCAUCCUGCUGCUGCUGGCCAUCCCCCCGUCCUUCGCCGAGGUCGCCAUCCUGGGCUACAUCGACUUCGUCUCCAUCAUCCUCGCCAUCGGCAUCACCAUCAUCGCCACCGGCAUCAACAAGGACUCCAUCACCACCGCCGCCUGGUCCGCCUGGCCCAAGGAGGGCAUCACCUUCGCCGAGACCUUCAUCGCCAUCACCAACAUCGUCUUCGCCUACUCCUUCGCCAUCUGCCAGUUCUCCUUCAUGGACGAGAUGCACACCCCCCAGGACUACGUCAAGUCCAUCUGGGCCCUCGGUCUCAUUGAGAUCUUCAUCUACACCCUCACCGGCGCCCUCAUCUACGCCUUCGUCGGCCAGGACGUCCACUCCCCCGCCCUGCUGUCCGCCGGCAACCUCAUCUCCAAGAUCGCCUUCGGCGUCGCCCUGCCCGUCAUCUUCAUCUCGGGCUCCAUCAACACCACCGUCGUCGGCCGCUACAUCCACGGCCGCGUCUACAAGGACUCCAUCAUCCGCUUCAUCAACACCAAGAUGGGCUGGAUCACCUGGCUGGUGCUCAUCACCGUCAUCACCAUCAUCGCCUUCAUCAUCGCCGAGGCCAUCCCCUUCUUCUCCGAGCUGCUGUCCAUCAGCUCCUCGCUCUUCAUCUCCGGCUUCACCUUUUACUUCCCGGCCCUGAUGUGGUUCAUGCUCAUCCGCGACGGCUCCCCCUUUGCCAAGCACAACCUGACCAAGACCGCGCUCAACGGCCUUGCCUUUGUCAUCGGUGUCGUUGUCCUCGUGUGCGGUACCUACGCCAGUAUCGUCGAGAUUGAGCUCAAGUUCAGGACUGGAAAGAUCAACAGCCCCUUCACCUGUGCCCCUCUUGGCUAG